CCCCUCGGUUCCCCGAUCCCGGUGCUCAGCAUUUUGGCCGCAUCCCGGGACGUGGACUUUUGCCGCAUCACACACCUCGAGGGAACAUCGUCCCUCUUCCCGCAGGAGAAGCACGCAGACCUUCUUGAAGGAUGGUGCUGCUCAACUGGCGUCUGCUGUGGCUGCUCUUACCACUCACCUCAAGGACCCAGAAGCUACCUACUCGAGAUGAGGAGCUCUUUCAGAUGCAGAUCCGGGAUAAGGCAUUUUUCCACGAUUCAUCUGUGAUUCCAGAUGGAGCAGAAAUUAGCAGUUAUCUCUUUAGAGACACACCUAAAAGGUAUUUCUUUGUGGUGGAGGAGGACAACUCGCCAUUAUCUGUCACAGUGACGCCCUGUGAUGCACCUUUGGAGUGGAAGCUGAGCCUCCAGGAGCUGCCUGAGGAGGCAAGUGCAGAAGGAUCAGGUGAGCCUGAGCCACUGGAGCAGCAAAGGCAGCAGAUGACCAACGAGGAGGGCACAGAGCUGUUCUCCUACAAGGGCAAUGACGUCGAGUACUUUCUGUCUUCAAGUUCCUCAUCUGGUUUGUAUCAGCUGGAGCUUCUUUCAACAGAGAAAGACACACAUUUCAAAGUAUAUGCCACCACCACUCCAGAGUCUGACCAGCCAUACCCUGAAUUACCGUAUGACCCCAGAGUUGAUGUGACCUCCCUGGGUCGCACCACAGUCACUUUGGCCUGGAAGCCAAGCCCUACAGCCUCCUUACUGAGACAGCCCAUUGAGUACUGCGUGGUCAUCAACAAGAAACACAAUUUCAAAAGCCUCUGUGCAGUGGAAGCAAAGCUGAGGGCAGACGAUGCCUUCAUGAUGGCACCCAAGCCUGGCCUGGACUUCAGCCCCUUUGACUUUGCCCAUUUUGGAUUUCCAUCAGAUAAUUUGGGUAAAGAGCGCAGCUUCAUAACAAAGUCUUCUCCAAAGCUGGGGCGCCAUAUCUCCUGGAGGCCUAAGGUCGACAUUCAGAAAAUCUGCAUAGGAAACAAAAACAUCUUCACAGUCUCUGACCUGAAGCCCGACACACAAUACUACUUUGAUGUCUUUGUGGUCAACACCAACAGCAACAUGAGCACAGCUUAUGUGGGCGCCUUUGCCAGAACCAAGGAGGAAGCAAAACAGAAGACUGUGGAGCUCAAAGAUGGGAGAGUUACAGAUGUGUUUGUUAAAAGGAAGGGUGCAAAGUUUCUACGAUUUGCUCCAGUCUCUUCUCACCAGAAAGUCACCUUUUUUAUUCACUCUUGUCUGGACACUGUCCAAAUUCAAGUGAGAAGAGAUGGGAAACUUGUCCUGUCGCAGAGUGUGGAAGGCGUUCGGCAGCUCCAGCUAAGGGGAAAACCUAAAGCAAAAUACCUCAUUCGACUGAAAGGUAACAAGAAAGGAGCAUCUGUGUUGAAGAUCCUGGCUACCACCAGGCCGAGCAAGCAAGCCUUCCCCGCUCUCCCCGAAGAUACGAGAAUCAAAGCCUUUGACAAGCUCCGUACCUGUUCUUCAGUCACAGUGGCUUGGCUAGGCACUCAAGAAAGGAACAAGUUUUGCAUCUACAAAAAGGAAGUGGAUGACAAUUACAGUGAAGACCAAAAGAAAAGAGAGCAAAACCAAUGCCUAGGACCAGAUUCCAGGAAGAAAUCAGAAAAGGUCCUCUGUAAAUAUUUCCACAGCCAAAACCUGCAGAAAGCAGUGACCACAGAGACAAUCAAAGGUCUCCAGCCCGGCAAGUCCUACCUGCUAGAUGUGUAUGUCAUUGGACAUGGAGAGCACUCUGUGAAAUAUCAGGGCAAAGUUGUAAAAACAAGGAAGGUCUGCUAGUUACCCGAAAUGAAGAUACAUCAUGCAGAACUCCAGGAGGGACAUUGAGUCCCUUUACCUGUAAACGGACUAUGCCUAUGGCUGACAGUUACGACCUGUACUUAGAAGGGAGGAUUACAACGUGUAUAUUUAUGUUUGUAUAACGUAACCCAGAGACUUGUUCUAGUGUACCCUUGUGGUACUUAGGGGCCAUCUGUCUGAUGCUGUUGAUGUCAAAGGAAGAGGGUAUCUUGAAGGAACAGCCACCCCUUGCUUUGACCUGUGCAUGAACUGCUUCUAAAUUAUUUUGUUACCUAAAAAUUUUAAAAUAUGCCAUUCAUUGCACACUUUGACAAAUGCAAAUCGUUCCUCUCUAUAGAUGCUAGGGGAGAUAUAUAUAUAAAUAUAUCUAAAUUAUUUUAUAAAGUCUGUUUUAAAUGUUGGUGUUUCUAUUAUUGUAAACUAUUAAAUUCUCUGUUAAAGUAUAGAUGUAAUCUAAGUGUUAUUAAGUGGACAGCCCUCUAGGCAGUUAUAUUGCUAUUGUAAAUCCUUAUUUGUCCAGUAAAAUGUUUAAAUACUGUAUCUAUCUCAUGUAAAAAGUUGAUAUACAUUAUAUUCAUGUACAUAAAA